AUGGCCGGUCCCGGUGGUGGUCCUCCUCGCCGCUCCCACACCAAGUCUCGCAAGGGCUGUGAAACCUGCAAACGCCGUCAUAUUCGCUGCGACGAGAGUUUCCCUCAGUGCCGCAACUGCACCAAGCACAAGAUUCGCUGCCCCUACAAUGACAUGCAGGUUACUCCCGAACCCGAGCGCUCUGCCACCCCCGACAAGCCUGAUCUCAUGUGGACGCCUCAGAUCGAGGCCGACAUUGCCGAGUGGCACCGCACUGGUGUUUUCCCUUUCCCUUCCCUCGGUCUCUACCCGGCUCCCAUCGCACAGCACUACUCUGUCCACGAUCUCCGCCUCAUCUAUCACCUCGCUGCGCUCUACCAGCAGCUUGCUGCCAUGGAUGCCAACAACUUUACGCUCUGGACUCGACACAUUCCGACACUUCUCCAGAUCGGUGCCACCACUCCUUAUGUCAUGCACGCUCUUCUCGCUUUUUCCGCCAUGCAUAUCGCCUUCCUUACCGACUGCCGUCGCGUCAGCAGCAUGGCUUUUGAGCAUCGAGGCAUUGCAUUGAGCGGCCUGCACGCUGCCAUUGGAUCCUUUAGCCGCGAUACUUCGGAUGCCAUCCUCGCCGCCUCUCUUGUUCUCUCCUGGCAGGCAAGCGACUGGCGCAGCUGGACGCAGCUCAUGCAGGGUACUGCCACCGUUAUUGACGCUAUGGAAGGCUGGAAACACGAGUCCCUCUUCACCGACUUUAUUGCUGAAAGUUGCACUUUCCCAACUGCUCCCCCAUCGCCCGAUCCCGAGCACCGUCCCAGCCAGCCUCGCAAGGAUGAUCUUGACGCUUUCCAGCGAACUUUGGAUCAGGUUCAAAAGGUCGAGGCCCAUCUUCGCCACCACAGGGAAGAGACUACUCAGAUUCAGCAUCUCAUUGGAUUCCUCAAGGGAGCCCGCAAGAUCACCCCGGCCCUCUCCAUUGCCCAGCAGUACGAGCGUCUGCAGCCCCUCCGCACCUGGCUUUUCUGGAUGCCCGUCGGCUACCUACAGAACUACAGCGCCUCUCCCAACUCCCUUGUUGUCAUUGCCCAUCUCUACACUGUUGCUCUCCUCAUGGAACGCCUCUUCCCCGAGAUUGGCGCUGCCUACUUUGGUUCUCUCUCCAUCCUGCCCGUUGAGGAGAUUGCCCGUCGCCUCAUGUCCCUGAGCGUUGCCGCUGCCCCCAGGAGCGCCCACACCCCCCUGUCCCUGAUGGAGUUCCCCAUUGACACGGUCAGCGAAUUCCGCUCUCGCAUGGGCUGGGUCAACCCCGAGAGGACCCGCUCGUUCCCCCAGUUCAACCCUCCCAACUUUCCCAUUCAUACUGAGGAAGUUGCCAUGACUGCCGGAACCGGGUCGUACAUCUACAACAGCCCUGCGUUUAGCUACAGCACAGAGGAAAUGCCCAUGCUCAACAACGCCGUCUCUGUGCCUGGCGAGGGUAGCCCCAUGAUGAUGUCUUCUCCCUUCGUCGCCGGAAACUAUCUCAACGUUCCGUCGCCUUCCUUUGUGGCCUACUCUCCAGCCUCAUCCACCUUUGAGGGCUCCGUUGCCUACAGCGACCCCGAGGAAUACUCGUCCUUUGACCUGCACCACUUUCAUACUGGUCACUCGCCCAUGCUUGGCGAUUCGCAUCUCAACUACGGAGUCGGGUUCGUCACUCCCAACCAACCGGUGUGGAUCUAA